AAAAAAAAAAAAAAAUAAAAAGAAAUAAAAAAAGGGUAAAAUCCUUUGAAAUUUCUUCCCAUUGUAAGAGGAAGAGUAGAAGAAAGAGUGGAGACGACGAAAGAACACGUAGUGGAAUAUCGUCCGUGGGUGCAACCAAGGACGAAGAAGCGAACACCUUGCUUCAAACCUCCUCCUUCUCUUCAAAUUCUUCACUCAGAUUAUCUCUCCGGCGUUGACAGUCGUUUUUUGGUUUUUCUCUCGCUGUUUGGAUUGGAGUUCGGAAUUCGGAAUUUGUUUUUUCGUCUUUUUUUUCUCUCUGCACAAUGUCAGGGGAGUCCUCCGUGUCUUCUAGUUUGAACCUCUUGGGGAUUGACGAUGUCGAUAAGUACACCUGGGCAAAUGAAGGAGAGGGGUCAUUGCCAUGGGACACGUACAGUCAUGUUUUUGAUCUAAUGGAGAAUGGCAACCAGGCAUUCCGUAUAAACCAUUUUGAGGAGGCAAUCAGUAGUUAUUCAAAGGCCAAUAACAUGAAAUCUGGAGAUCCAGUUAUUCUUGGCAACAGAAGUGCUGCUUACUUGAGGAUUAGUCAAUUUCUUAAACAAAGACCUUCAGCAGCUUCUGAAUAUAGACCAUUGAAUGGGCUGGACAUGACAACUCUUGCUGAACUUGCUCUGAAGGAUGCUGAGAAGCUAAUGAACAUCCAGAAUAAUGUAAUAAAACCGUACAUCUUAAAGGCCAAUGCUCUGACUUUGUUGGAGAGAUAUGACAUGGCACGAGAUAUAAUUCUCUCAGGCCUUCAACUGGAUCCUUUCAGUGGCAUACUCCAGUAUUCUCUUCAAAAUUUGAAUAGCACUCCAUCCAUUUUGGUUGGGAGUAGAAGCCAUGGAAGAGCUGAACGUACAGAUGACUUUGAUUGCACUGUUUGUCUUAAGUUACUCUAUGAACCUAUUACAACUCCUUGCGGGCAUUCUUUUUGUCGCGCAUGUCUAUUUCAGACCAUGGAUAUUGGUAACAAAUGUCCAUUGUGCCGGAAAGUCCUUUUUAUUAGUCCAAGAACAUGCACAAUCAGUGUAACUCUGAACAACAUCAUACAGAAGAACUUCCCAGAAGAAUAUGCUGAAAGGAGAUCAGAGCAUGACAGUUUGAUAAACUUUGGUAAUGAUUUGAUGCCUCUUUUUGUCAUGGAUGCGGUCAUCCCAUGUCAGAAGUUUCCACUCCACAUUUUUGAACCGCGUUAUAGACUUAUGGUGCGGAGGAUAAUGGAAGGAAAUCAUCGGAUGGGAAUGGUUAUCCUUGAUCCCACCACAGAUACUGUAGCUGAUUUUGCUUGUGAAGUGGAGAUUACUGAGUGUGAACCUCUUCCUGAUGGACGCUUUGUUCUAGAGAUUCAAAGUCGCCAGAGAUUUCGUAUCCUCAGAUCCUGGGAUCAGGAUGGUUAUCGUAUGGCAGAGGUUGAAUGGGUGAAGGACAUAACACCAGAAAAUGCAAGAGGGAGAGAGGAUUUGCAGGAAUUGACAAAUAAUGCAGCGGAACAUGCUCAGUCAUGGUUAAGGAUGGCGAAAGAAGCAGCAAGACAUGGUAAAACUCUUAUUGUAGGAUGCAUUGACAAUAGUAAUUCUGGUCCUCUUCCAUUCAUAAUUGAGGAAGACCGUUGUCUUUUUAUAUUUUGAAAUUGUGUGGAUGUAAGAACAAAUAGUAUGGGAAAAGCACAUAUGCAUAGAUUUUAUUCAAAACUUAGAACUAGUUCAUUAAAAUUUCAUGUUUUAUUAAAUCUAGAAACACUACCAACACAAAUCUGGAUGAAAGAAGUUGGUCUGGAAUUUGGUCCUUUUUCUUUCUUCUGCUUUCUUACAGUUAGAAGACAUUUCUUUCAUAAGGUUUACCACAACUCGGCCCAUUAAAUUACUCAAAUAUAUUUAUUAGUGCUUUAUAUUGGAAAUUUUUUUUUUCAUUUGAUUUUUCCUGGUAAGUUAUUUUCUCUUCUCAAGCAGAACUUUUGCCAUGCAUUGCCGCAAUCUGACAUGGAUUAUAUGCAGAUCGAAGAAAGCUGGAGAAAUAUCUUAACUUGGAAGUAAUGAUGCCAUCUUGUCGAGACCCUGAACUCUUCAGUUUUUGGCUUGCCACUCUAUCAGAUCGGAGGCCUUCCGAAAGAUUAGAACUCCUACGAAUUAGAGAUACUGGAGAGAGAAUAAGGCGUGGUCUAAUUUAUCUCAGAACACAAUAACAGGGCUGUAGACUACAAUGGUGAGAGCUGUAAGUUAUGUACCAAGAAGAAAAACUGUAAUUUUCAUUGAUAUAUAAAGAUACGAGCUUAUUUAAUAUUCUCAAUAUUCAAAUUCAUUUCUCCAGAAAUUAAAUAUUCUUUGAUCCACGCUUGUGGAUCCCUAAUUUUUUUGUUGUAAGAAACCAGAUCAAUACUAAUAGAAAUGCUUUUUGUCA